GUUUACGAAACUUCAAAACUGCUACCGCACGUUAGGAAGGGAGGAACUUGGAAGGAAAUCUGUUGUAUUUCCGCACCACUUGCUCAAGACUGGCUCUCCUCCGGAGUUUAUUCGCAUGAUUCCGUUCUUCAGGUUUUAGAGAAGGUUUAGCAAAUGAGUGGACCGGGUCAAGUGGAGCAGGAACUGGAGGAGGAGGAGCUGACGCUGACGGCGCUGCCCGACCUGCCGCUGCUCAGGGUGCUGUCGCACUUGUCGGGCGAGGACCUGUUGUCCGUGGGGCGGGUCUGUAUCCGGCUGUGCGAGCUGACGAGGGGGCACCCGUCGCUUUGGUGGGGCAAGAAGGCCUCCAUCCGAGCCUCCAUCGAUUCCGAAGAACUCUUAUUGGACAUGCUGCAAGCCACACCGGCGUGUGCCGACCUUAGGUUGGAGCUUCACGUCGAUGCCGAUCACAACAAAAUAUGGGGAGUACGCGGGUUUUAUUUUUUCUUCUCGAAGACCUGCUCCGAUGAACUCGACGAGGCGGACGUCGGGAACAGAGCCAGGUCGUUGAGCUUGUUAAUAAUGUGCAGCGUAAACUAUUCCGAAUACGGCGCAAGUGUCAUCCGGAAGCUUGGGUCGCGAACGAAAAGCAUUGAUUUUAAGAGCGAAUGCAUUCGUCUGGACGAGAUCUUCGACAGUUUGCAGAAUGCCACCUCUCUGGAGACGUUGUCUGUCGAUUGGCAUUAUGAUUGUAUGGUCCCGCCGUUGAAGUGUUUUAAGACGUUGCAGAAACUGCACUCUGUAACCAUACAGUUUUGCCCUGCCAACAAAGACAGUGGCUUUCCUGACUUGCGCCUCUUCUCCCAGCUACUGGAAGCUCACGGGGACCAGCUGCGCUGCGUGAGGCUGCUCACGCACGACGCUGUGCCGCUUCUCGACGCCUGUCCCAGCGGACUCCACCGACUGACCGUCGUGGCAAAAAAAGGGGUGCUCGCGAAGCUGGAGCGAAUGCGGCAUCUGAGUGAGCUGGUGUUUGCGGGUUACCCCCCUCCCGCACCUUCUGAGUUGGCGACCUUUUUGAGGACCUGGCAGGGCCCGCCGCUGCGCUUGGCGGUGAGGCAAUGCGAUACGGAGCUGGUACGCGCUCUGGGGGCGGCUGUUAGCGUCACGCACCUGGAGCUAGGGGGCUGGGACUGGGGGUGCAUCGGAGAGAGCGGGUUGCGCGCCCUACCCGCGGUCCUGCCCGCCCUGCCCCGCCUGCAGUCGCUGGUUCUGUUUGCAUCCGAUUUGGUUUCCGAUGUGUUCCGUGAGCUUGCGAGCGGCCCCGUCCUCAGCCUUCUCUUUCUUAAUGAUAUCCAAACCUCGGUUUGCAGAGACCUGGUGCUUCGCAAUUCGACGUCCCUCCACGUGGUGAAUAGGUCAGUCGAUGAGAAUUUUAGAUGUAAGGUUAUUCUCUUCGGCAGGCACCCCGAGGCCGGGCUAGAAUCGUGCUCGGUGUGCGCCGAGGUGCGUAGUUUAAUCAAGCAAGAAUGCCGCACUCCUCGCUAUGUGUGCUGCGAGCAGAGUGACUAACGUACUUAUCGUUAUGAGAAAAAUAAUAAAGACUUAGGUCUUUUUAGACAGUCCUAUCUCUACCUGAAGGCAAAGGCUCGUUUUUGUACUCACAUGCAUAGCCGGAAAUUAUGUAUCGCUUUACGUUGAUCAUAUCCAAGUUUUUAUUUUUUUUUUUGGUCAAAUCUUUUAGUGAAUACAGGUUGCUCUCUAUGAGUGUCGUGCUGAAAGU